AUGCCUGUCAUUCUCUGGCCCUGAAAAAGUAUUGGGAAAAUCCUAUUUUGUCUGUUUGCUCCGUGCUAUCUCAACCGUACACACCCCCCAACAUGAGAUGUGUUUAUAAUUCCAGGCUAGAGCGCGGGCUUUCCCCGUGGGACGUCGGCGAAAGGUCGCGCGCUGCACUGUAGCCCAAGUAGGAUAACUGCAUACGUGGAGUGUGUCUGAAAGUGUAGCCCGAUCCGCUCUCGCCUCCCAACCCGCGUCGCUGCGGCGUCUUGUGACCAGACCUGCAAUAGGGAUAGUCCGCUCGACCUGAGCACUGUUCCGGGAGCGAGAGGCACACACUUCCAUCACCCUCAGUGGCUCCACACCGCAGAAAGGUAGUCUAGUCAGAGUUGUGCGUUGAUUAUCGAGACGAGACUGUUUCAAACUGUUUCUGCACGCACCAGAUUAGCCGCGGCAUAUGGUUGGGAAUUGGAAAUACCUCCCGGCGCCCGAGCGCAGAUCUGUGUGUGGAGCGGUUCCGUUUCACGCCACUGAGAAACGGGGAUUAAGAGCGACAGGGAACGUGUGAGCAGCACGGACAGAACAUCCCAGCCUCAUCCCCAGACGCCUGCCUGCCGCCAGCCCCAAGCAGCACCAGCCUCACAGCCUCCCAGCCCCCAUGGCACUUGGCACUGAUUCCCACCGCAAGGACAGAUGGUGCCAACCCUGACCCCUCUCCUCGCCCGCGGGGGACCACACCGCCACAGAGAGACCACCCAUUGACAGGAACAGGAAGAGGAGGGAGCUCCGUCGCCACGGCAACUCCUAGCCCCACAUCCUCCCCAAGGGCCUCAGAUAAACACAUUCACACAGCAGGACCUCGGUGAGGUCCCUGUUUUGUUUGUCGCCGGAUAAUUUGUGCCUUUGAGAUUUCACCACCAUCAGACUUUUUCUUUAGGCGUUCCAUUCCAUGCCUGUUUAGACUGUAUGAGAAUGUGCUGAUGGACCAGGACCAGUGCAGGAGUAUGACAUUAGUUUGCUGAAAGCCAGUGAAACUUCAUCCUGUCUGGUACUUCUCCUCUUUCCCUCCUGGCUGGCCUGGCCUCUCAGGCCUGGAUGAAUUAUUAAACGGACUCUACAGCCAAGCUCAGGCUCAGUGCUGCUGGGAGCUCUAUAGGCCUCUUUAAACCCUUGCUGAUUGAAGGGAUCGGAGUCACAGGUCAUAGGUCAAACGACACUGCAAAGAGGAAAGAGGUAGAAGCAGUUUCUGCCGUUUAACUGCAGAUCAAAGCAAAACCUCUGCAACUCUCUGGCUCCCUUGGCUCUCAUCUCCUCCAGACAGAAGUCAAACAACCACAAUUUUGUUUAUUCUUUACUGGAAAUUAUUAUUAUAUUGAACCCAUUAAUACUUGAUCUACAGACUGAUGACCAUAUAAUGGCCGACUCCUAUAAAAAAAUGUAAAAAACAGAACAGCACUUCAACACAAAAUUAGACACUAAUGGCUUGGUGGGAUGAAUUCAGCAGGGCCAAAUAACAGAGGAGGGAAUACGGUGUCCCUAAAGCAUAGCAGGUAAUUGGAGAAAAGCACAGCUUCUCUGUCGAGCCGACCGACAGACUGACCUUCAGGCUGAAAACUCGGGAACCAAAAAGGCAUGAACUAACUGAUUUCCAAGGCUUACGGUUAUCUCAGGGAUUUCAUCAUCAUUAUCACAGAGAACAUUUGCAUCACUGAAAUAUGCUGCUCUGCACAAAACCACCAUCAACGUUGUUAAGGUGCAGACGUUUGGGAGAAGCCAUCGUCUGCACCUGUCUGCUAGAAAAUACGGAAGAGAGACUACAGUAGAGCACAGGGAGAGAAAACAGAGGAGCAGACGAUAACGGUAUUUAUAUUGAGGUAUCUAUCAGGAUCCAUCCUGGUCCCGUAGCUCUGAGGGUUCAGUGACGGGCUGUCCUCUCAGGCUGCAGUGGAUUACACGAGGGACCCUGUGAUCCACAAAUAAUACCUGUAAUCCAGUGAGAAGGAACUGUGAUCCGGAGAGAGGCCCAGUGAUCGAUCCACUAAGGGCUGCUGUGAUUCACUGAGGACUGAGACUUUCAGAGAGAAGGAACUAUGACCCAGCACUGAGCGUACCAGUGGUCCAGGUUGUGUCCUGCUAGUGUUCUGCUGUGGUGAGCGUGGACGUCAGGCUGGGAGAAUCAGGAUGCCAGAGCUGGAGGACUUCCCCCCGAUGCGGGGCGACCAGCCGGCUGGUCCUGACCCGGUCCAGAUCCAGCGCAGCAUACUGGACGAGCAGGUAGAGCUGUGGUGGUUCCGCGACCCGGCCAAGUCUCUGCUGUGCUACGCCGUCGCCGUCCUACUCAUCCUGGGCUGCGGCCUGGGGGGCAUACUCCUCCUCUCCACCACAACCAGCUUCUCUAGUGACUGGCGCAUGGGAGCGGGCAUGGCUCUGUGUCUCUUAGCCCUGGCCGUCCUCCUCAAGCAGCUUCUGAGCUCCGCCGUGCAGGACAUGAACUGCGUCCGCAGCCGGAGGCGGAUCGAUAUGCUGAAGAGCGGAGGGCUGUCGGAUCUGUUAGUGGUUCUCAUCACGGGGCUGUGUCUGGUGGUCUGUGGGGCCGUGCUGCUGAAGCUGGCACUAGGACACCACAUGCCCAAGCCUGGCGUAGCCCUUAAUGACAUGUUCAUCUCUGGGGUGGUGUUGUUAGCUGGAGGGGGGUCAGCGGUGGUGGGGGUGGGAGUGUACACGGGGGUGCUGUUCCUGUUGGAGAGGACGUGGCCGGGACAGAGGUUCAGGGAUAGGGCCAUGGGGGUGUUCACUAUCUCUGGACGACACAUGGACCAGGGUAGGAGGGAGACCACCUCUAGCUUGGCUAACCUCAUCUGACCUGACCACCAGAGACAUGGCAUGGGACAGGUAGCCCAAAACAGCAGAUGACCGCAACACUCAUAUGGCCCAGAUCUUAUCCAUAUGUGGGCACUGGGGAGGGUUGGAGCUUAUUGGUCAGCUCUGGCUUGAGGUAUGUGGGCUUGUAAUUGCUGGGCCCCAUUUGGUGUGAACGUGGGCCACAUCCACCUUGCUGUCUGGGAGGGACCAAUGGACAUCACAUGUGAAAAAGGCUUUUGAGCAAAGUGGCCGCCUUUGAGCAACUAAGUAUCAAUUCAAUUUUGCAGGUCCAUGAAUUGCAUUAUGGGAUAGAGAGCUGUGUCGACACAACACGUUCUAUUUGAAUGAUUCAAGCAUGGGCCAUUCUUGGAUAAUUACUUUUAUGAGAUGGAACCCCAGCAGAGCACUACUCUAUAAUGUGAAAUAAACAGAAUGACAGUGACACAGACACUGGUCCCGGACACAGAACAAAAAUGAAGAUUCAUAAUGGGUCUAAUGUAACAGCAUCAUCCACUACAAAAGCAGUUGGUGAAAAAGCUGCUGGAAGGAAGAAUCAUAUCAUAGAUGAAUGUAAACAGACUACUGUACUGUGGGAAGUGAUUUCCUGAUAAAUGUCACAUUUUGUCACCUUUUUAUGUCACAGGUUUACAGCUGGGUUGGGUAGUCAAAGGCCUUGCAACUCUACAAAGAAUCUGAGGAGAAUGCCAUUGUCGCCUGGUUGAAUGGUACAAUAUGGUUUAAUUGAACAAAGCAUCUGUGUGUGUGUGUGUGUGUGUGUGUGUGUGUGUGUGUGUGUGUGUGUGUCUGGCCCUCACAACUCCUUAUCAGGCAGUGCAUGUGAGCUGCCUGUCGCUCAGAGACAAUAGGGGUCACUGAGGCGGCCAUAGUUGUUGUACCGACGGCCGGCCAGGCCAAUGGACAAUGGGCAGGCUGUGGAUCGUAAGGGGUUGGCAUCGCCCAGUACGGCUUUCCCUUACCACCCUCUACACACACACACACACACACACACACACACACACACACACACACACACACACACACACACACACACACACACACACACACACACAGCAGCGGCAGUGACUGUGGCUGUAAUCCCUCAUUGACAAGGGACUGUUCUCUGACCUGAAGUCUCUCUCUGUCUGUGCUGUGCAAUGCUAUGCAGGACAUGCUGUUUGGGUGGUGGUACCAAGUAGGUUUGUGCAUUCAUGACAGAGAGUGUGAGAGACGACAGCCAUGAAACAGUGAUGGGAGAGGAAGCGAGAAAGAGAAAACAGCACAAUAUAGCGACACGAGAGAAACCAGACGAGAAAGAGAAAGAGAGACAGAGCUAAACCCUCAGGUGCAGUCCACCUUAUAGGCCAUAGGGGGCCCAUACUCACAAACUUGUGCUUAAACUAUCUGCUAGCUUUUCUCAUAGGCAAACCUGGCACAAUUGGCCAUCUGGCUACCAUGAGUCAUUUGUAGGGUGAACAAAAAUAUAAACGCAACAUGUAAAGUGAAAUAAAAAUAAAAGAUCCCCAAAAUGUUCCAUAUGCACAGAAAGCUUAUUUCUCUCAAAGUUUGUGCACAAAUUUGUUUACAUCCCUGUUAGUGACCAUUUCCCCAGGUGAGGCAUAUCAAGAAGCUGUUUAAUUAGCAUGAUAAUUACACAGGUGCACCUUGUGCUGGGGACAAUAAAAGGCCACUCUAAAAUGUGCAGUUUUGUCACACAACACAAUGCCACGGAUGUCUC